CCCCGUCUCUUCUCGUUGGCACCUUAACCGCAGGAGGGGGCGGGGAGAGUUUCUGUGGUUAUUGCCAAGUAAUAACGAAUAUUCACUCGUGUCUCUUUGUUUGUUUGUUUGUUUGGCUGGAGUGAUUUUGGCACAGAUUCGGCCUAGUUGUUACCUCAACGAUUAUUCGGAGAGGCCUUUUGUGUCCUUGUACGUUUUAUUGCCAAUUAUUUGCGGUUGAUCUGUGGUUAUUGCCAAGUAGUUGCCUAUUCACUUGUGUCUUUUUCGAGCUGAUGAAAUGUUGGGGCACAGACUUAGCCUACUUACUUAUACGAUAAUUUAGCGAGGGUUUCUGGCCUGUCCGUUUUAUUGCUUUUUUGAUUUGUUUUGCGAUUGCUCAACUAGUUUCACUGACGUUUCACUUCACUCCCUCUGAGUCUGACGCGCCUGUUCCCGUAGGUUACGCCCGUCGGGAAUAGAAGCGAAAUCGAAACUGAAUAAGUCUGAAGUGAGUUUGAUCAUGGAGUGUCUACGGAGCUACGUUUUGAGUUAAUGACGAUGAUAUUUACUGGAUUUUGUAUCCUCUGCGCAGCGACGGUGGUCCUCGGCGAAGUGCUGUUGGCUCCUGAAGAUGUGAAGCUCGACCCAUCCGGGCCCGUCCUCACCUGGACCGCACACACACACUCACACACACACACCGCCACCUUUACCACGCAGUACCGCAGCGGGGAGGAGAGUGAGUGGAGAGAUGUGUCUGGUUGUGAGAACAGCGUUCGGCAUCGGUGUAACUUCGCGGCCGUGGCAACGGAACUUUACGGAGCGUCACUACGCGUGCGUGCCCAGCAACACAACAUCUCAUCACCAUGGACACAGAACGAGGAGACCGUGAAAUGCGUACACACGCGCGUGUGCUCCCCGGAGGUGGAGGUCUUGGUGUCUCCUGGGUACCUGAGUGUCCACAUGGAUCGUAACCGUGGCGACCGCAGCCUGCGGGACGAGUACGGAGACACAAACCUCAAGUACAGAGUCUACCGCACAGACACACACCCCACACAGGUGGAGUGUGACCUGUGCGAGGCUUCGUACCGCGUGGAGAGCGUGUCGGCAGGUGAACGUGUGUGUAUGCAGGUGCAGUUCCUGAUCUUCAGCAAACCCCACGGGACCCCCAGCGCUGAGCAGUGUUAUACCAUACCCCAGUCAGAGUGGGAGCGUCAGGUGUUUCUGGCCGUGGUGUGUGUGUGUGUGUUUUUAGCGUUGGUGACGUUGACCGUGGGAUGCUACUGCUUCAUCAGCAGAUAUUACACACUCAUCAAGGAGCUAACGAAGCCUGUACACACACCUGAUGCACUGGAGGACUUCCCCUGUGUUGCCGUGGUGUCCGCUACUCCAGUUGAUGAGUGUUGUGAUCACGUGGUGGUGGAACCGGAACCGGAACCGGAACCGGAGCAGGAGGGGAGCACUUCUGGGUCACACAAGGGUCACCGCCACCACAACACUUCAGGGUCACUUAAGGGUCACGGUGGCAGCAGCUCAGGGUCAAGGUCGGGGUCGGACUCAAGGUCGGGGUCGGAGUGGUCCCAGAGCGAACUGGCCCUCACGGGGGAGGGGGAGAAGGAGGAGGAGGAGGAGGACGGGGGAUCUGGGUACAAUUCGGGCACGCCACUGCUGUGA